CCCCUCAAAUUUAUUACUCCGAGUACGACGAGGUUCUGCCAGACGGCGCACAUGAUUUCGGGGCUUGCGGUUAUGUUUCCAGCGUGACAUAACCUAUCGCGAAUGUUGUGCUGCGACUGGCUAUAAAAUUCGUAUAAUGACUUUGAUGUGACUGAAUUGUCAGCGGAGAUUUGAUAUGAGUGUUCAGCAAAUGUUUCAGUAUCCCCAUAAGUUCAGAACAGCCUUCAGGCUGUUACGUUGUAAGUUCAAUGCGAUCGGCGUUAAAAUUAGAAAUUAUGAAAUGCCGGAGAGGAUCAAGGGCACGAUUCUCGAGCGCUGGGCGAAAUAUUGGCACGGUUUGUACAUAGAUUACAAAGACGUCGCGUUUGACGUGGCCAAAGAUUGUAGGGAGCGUCCUGUGCGCGCCGCAAUGUACAUUACACUUCUAGGAGGCUGCUUCUAUGCUGGUCAACGUAAUCCAGAUGAGACCAUGUUUAGGGCACAACUAGUGCAAAAUAGUCUAAAAUUAAUACAAGUUGGAGAACCCAUACGUAAUCCUAUCUCUGUGCAGCACAUAAACUGGUUGCAACAAUGCUGCAAUGAAGGACUAAUCAGGAGACUAAAUUUGGGCAUUGUAUCUCUAAUUUGGUUAGAUAAUUAUGAUAAAGAUUGUUUUUUGUAUAAGACUGUCUGUCCUUACUUAAAGCCACGAUAUAUGACUUUCUAUGAAAGAAUAGUGGACAUAGGUUUCUUAGAAAAAUGGUGGAUACUAGAAAAGAAAAUGAAAGACUAUGAUGUAAAUGAAGCAGAAUUUAGUGCUGCAAAUAAUGCAAGCAUCGUUUCAGCGACAUAAAUUUUAGGAAAGAAUCCUCUUGUAUAAUUUUUGUAAAAAAUAUAUAAAUGUAAAUUCAAGAAAAACGAAUAUAUGUAUUCAUAAAUUCAUAUAUAUAGUAACACAUAUAAAAUAUAAAGAUCUGUUUGUUUAAAAUACUUGUAAAUACAUGUAUAUAUGUAGGCGCAAUUAUAUAUAUAUUACAAUUGAAUAAAUCAAAAGAUCAUAAUA